GGGGGGGGGGGGGGGUUUACAAAAAGGUCCCUUUUGGUUUUCCUUUUCUAUUUAAUAUAAUACGUCGCCUUGCUUUAUCGUUACAUGUUUCUCUAUUUUCAUCUUGUCGCUUCGCUUCCCAUGGUUAAAAUCUCUUUAUUCUUUUUCUCCUGGGCCCGCCUACCCGUUUGCCCGGCUCGGCUAUCUUUGGGGGUUUCGGUCGAGCUACCGCGCGGUGAGAUAUAUAGUUUUACAGAUUUGACAAGAGGAGCACUUGCGGGUGCUGCUGCUGCUGCUGUUGUUGUUGUUGAUGUUGUUGUUGUUGUUACAUUUGGUUCUGUUUUUGUACAUGUGAUGAUUACACACGAAUACUAUAAUACAGCUGAGCCAGAUUUCAACUCUCACACCAGGGUGGAGUGGGAUAAAUAGACUCGUUUCGCCCUCUGUUAUCGUGCACGCGGCCGGUGCACGAAGUGCCUAGCACAGACGAAAGAAAAAUCCGGGCAUA